CAAGUAUGAGCGGGUUUACGACCACUUGAAAGAAGCAAGUUCUACUCCUCUACUCAGAUGCCUUGAGGGAACAGCUGAUGUGGGCGAGCGUGUGCCUUCGGAGGGUGACCCGUCUCCUGCGGGUGGCAGGCGGCUGUUCGUCCCGACACGCCCCUCAACGACGCCUGGCGACAUUCCCGUUAUGCAGAACUACAGUCCCGCCACCACCACGACAAUGGAACUCCCAAACGGAGACUUUUGCUGCCUCAAAACUCCACCAACAUGCCGCCAACCGGAGAGCACUAGUCUUUCUACGUUUCUCUCGCACUUUCAAAAAAGACACAAAGUCUACCGUGGACCUUCCUCUCGGCCCGGUUACUGUGACGGACAUCAAACAGUACCUGAGGUCCAAAGACAUCCCGUUUCAUGACGGCUACAGCUGCCUGCAUGCUCCCAGCAUUUUCACUGAGCCGCCACCAGGUGGCAGUGGCGCGGCGCCAUCCAAAGACAGCUACUCCAUGUUCAUUGACAAGACGACUGGUCAGUUCCUGUGCAUGGACACGGAUGUGGAAGGGAGCUGGGAAGACCUCCAGGACUGUUUGGAGGUGAUGCAGAAGGAGGGCCAGAGCUCCAUGCCCCCCGGCGUCCUGCUGGGCUACCCGGAGUCCCUGGAGGAGGCCGAGGAGCGCGAGCGCGAGCUGCGGGAGGUGCAGCGCAUCUGGUCCAGCGCCGUGCCCUUCGGCGACCUCCACGACGACGAGGCGCAGCUGGUCAAGGUCAUGUUCGGCAUCCCCAAGGUCACCAACGCCACCUUGCGCCGCUUCGCCGUGCGCUUCUUCAAGCCCACCAAGAGCCUGGUCUUCCCCUGGUACGGCGGCCGACUGGAGCCCAGCCUGCGCGGCGUCAAGCUGCUCUCCGCCACGGCCACCGUCACCGACGACAAAGACGGCUCGGAGCGGGUGGUGUACGCGGAGGCGACCGUCCCAAGGCCGUCGGGGUACCACAACCUGUUCGGGCUGGGGCUGGCGGGGCGCAAGGACCCGGAGGUGGUGCUGGUCGGGCGGGAGGUGGACGCCAUGGCCGUCUCCCAGGCCACGGGGUUGCCGGCGGUGGCGUUGCCGAGGGGCGUGACCUGCUUGCCCCCCGCGCUGCUGCCCUACCUGGAGCAGUUCCGACGCGUCACGCUGUGGCUGGGAGGGGACAUGCGCUCGUGGGAGGCUUCCAAGGUGUUUGCACGUAAGCUGGGCCUGAAACGCUGCUCCCUGGUCCGCCCCGGCGACCACCAGCCCAGCGCAGCCGACGCCCUGGCGCAGGGCCGCAACCUGGCGCGCAUCCUCAAGUCCUCCAUCCCCGCCGCACACAAGUCCAUCGUCUCCUUCAAGCAGCUGAGGGACGACGUGUUUGGCGAGCUGGCCAACACGGAGCAGGUGGCCGGGGUCAAGUGGAGCCGGUUUCCAGACCUGACCAAGAUCCUGAAGGGACAUCGCAAGGGCGAGCUCACCGUCUUCACCGGUCCCACGGGCAGUGGCAAGACAACCUUCAUCAGCGAGUACGCCCUGGACCUGUGCAUGGGCGGCGUCAACACGCUGUGGGGCAGCUUCGAGAUCAACAACGUGCGGCUGGCCAAGAUCAUGCUGACGCAGUUCGCCCAGCAGCGCUUCGAGGACAGCCUGCACGAGUACGACGCCUGGGCAGACCGCUUCGAGGAGCUGCCCCUGUACUUCAUGACCUUCCACGGGCAGCAGAACAUCAAGGUGGUGCUGGACACCAUGCAGCAUGCUGUCUACCUGUAUGACAUCGGCCACGUCGUCAUUGACAACCUGCAGUUCAUGAUGGGCCAGGAGCACCUGUCUGUGGACAAAUUUGCGGUGCAGGACCACAUUAUCGGGGCCUUCCGGAAGUUUGCCACCCACAGCAGCUGCCACGUGACCCUGAUCAUCCACCCCAGGAAAGAGGAGGACGACAAGGAGCUGCAGACCGCAUCCAUCUUCGGCACCGCCAAGGCGAGCCAGGAGGCGGAUAACGUGCUGAUCCUGCAGGAGAAGAAGCUGGUGACGUGUCCCGGCCGUCGCUCGCUGCAGGUGGCCAAGAACCGCUUCGACGGCGACGUGGGCGUCUUCCCCCUGGAGUUCAACAAGAACUCCCUGACCUUCACCACCCCGCUCAAGGGCAAACGCAAGCUGCACCAGCACAAGGUCAAGGACAAGAGCGAUGAUGAGAUGGAUGGAGAGGGAGGAGGAGGAGGAGUGGUGGAAGAGGUGGUGGUGAAAAAGGAGAAGGGGGAGAAGGCGGCCAAGGCCCCAAAAGCAGCGAAGGCUGUGAAGGGAGCAGGGAAGAACAAGGGAGAGGCGAGCAGUGAAGGGAAGAACAGCCCGAAGGGAAACACAACUGUGUCGUAGAGAUGGAAACGGGAAAGUCUCUUGCGCUCUAGCCUUCUUGGUGCUCCCAAUCGCCAGGUCCGUAGACAAUGGAAAGCAAACUGGUCCACUUCAGAACGAAUAGUCCAGGAAUGACUGGAGCACUUGUACUCAGAUACCAGCAUAACGACUGAUGUUUCGACGCAGUGUGCCUUCUUACACUGUCAAAACAUCGGUCAUUGAGCUUGUCCCACAAUAAAAUGACAAACGGUACAGUAUUCGAGAGCUGCAGUUGUCUGAGGUGGACCAGUUUGCUUUCCAUGUGCUAUAGACAUGUCUGUGAAGACUGUCAUCUCAUGCUAUAAAGAGCGGGUGAGGGCGAGAGAUGAAAGACUGGGUGAUGCCUGGUGGCGUAAACAGAGGGGGAAAAAACGGACAGAAAGAGCUAAAGAAAAAGAGAGAGAUGGAGAGCGACUGAGAGAUGACAGACUGAAUGACUGCCUGGCGCCAUAACCAGGGAGAAUAAUGGAGACUGACAGAAAGAGCUGAAGAAAGAACGAAAGGAUGAGCGAGAGUGAGAGAUGAAAGAUCUAUUGGUGCCAUAACCAGAGAGAAACCAAAAAGAAACUAAUCAACUGACUGAAAGGAACAAAGAAAAAAGAGAGAAAGGAUGGAUUUGGGGUGGGGGGGUCUGGUAAAACUAGGCUAGGGGGAGCCAAGCAAGACGGAAAACUGUAUGGAAAGAGUGUAAUAAUGUGAUGGGCAACACAAUGCCAAGCAGUACUAACUAACGUGAAGUGUGGUCUUCAGUUCCCAAGUCUUAACAGUGCCAGUCACUGUUAGAAUGCUUCAAGGAAAGUAUUUGUCAAUGUGAAACGCUGCUUUUCUUCAACCAGUUACUGAUGUAACAACAUCCCUCCCGAUUUUUUUCACCCUUUCAAAAUGGAAAAAGUGUUCAGUUGACCCAGCCAUAGAAGAAGAAGCACUUAUAAGCUAUUAAAGCAAACAUCAACGGGUAGCACUAUACUUGACACUCAGUACAGUCAUAAACAUGAAAUGACAGUGUUUUGAAAGUGUCAUAAACAUUGUGU